AUGUCCUUACUAACAGAAGGAGAUAUGAGGACAUUCGCAACUGCUGCUAUUUUACUGGAACUGAUAGAAUCCGGAAGUGAUCAUCUGAUGCGAACUCAACGACAGCGAUGGUCUGUUUUUUUCAAUAAAAUCGCCUCAACGGUAAUAUCAAGCCUUCAAGCCGAUGUGGACAAGAGUGAAGUUAGGAAGAAUGCGGGAGAGGACAUCAUUGUAUCGAGUUUACGACAUGCAAUAUCGCGUCAUUCUCCAACUGCUACGACGAUGUAG